AGCCCGAGAAACGCGGCCCCGCCGAACCCGGGCGACGGUGAAGGCGGCGAGACGUGAGGGGAGCGCUGUCCCCCGCUGCCCGCUCACAGCUUCCCGCCUUAUCCCGCGCCCCGCGACAGGAAGGAGGGGAAAACAGUGUACAACAUUUCUGUUGCUACAAAUAAAGAUCUACUUCUAAAUGCCCUGUUACAGCCUCUUCGAUCCAUCUGCUCCCCAUCAGAAAGCACAAACCCAGCAAGAGGGAGAAGCGGUCUGCAGGCUCGCCUUCGUGGGCACCAGCCGCCAUACGAACGACUGCUCUUGGAUGCAAGGAAUCUGAGAUGAGAGAGCGCUAGAUUCUAAUGAUCAUCUUGACACCAUUGCUCUCAUCUGCAUAUUGACAGGAUAAAAAACUUGAACAUGCCUCGUAGCCCAACAUCAAGUGAAGAUGAAAUGGCACAAAGCUUUUCCGACUAUUCUGUUGAAUCUGAAUCAGACAGCUCCAAAGAAGAAACUAUUUAUGACACAAUUAGAGCAACUGCAGAAAAGCCAAGCAGCAGAAUGGAAGACAGUCAGAGCAACACAUUAGUGAUUCGAAUUAUAAUACCUGAUCUGCAGCAAACGAAAUGCAUUAGAUUUAACCCAGAAGCUUCAGUGUGGGUUGCAAAGCAACGAAUUUUGUGCACUUUGAAUCAAAGUUUGAAGGAUGUCCUGAAUUAUGGACUGUUCCAGCCUGCAAGCAAUGGUAGAGAUGGGAAGUUUUUGGAUGAGGAACGACUUCUUAGGGAAUACCCACAGCCAGUGAAUAAAGGAGUUCCUUCGCUUGAGUUUCGAUACAAGAAAAGAGUGUACAAACAGUUCAAUCUUGAUGAAAAACAGCUGGCUAAGCUUCAUACGAAGGCUAAUUUGAGAAAAUUUAUGGAUCAUGUCCACCAUCUCUCAGUGGAAAAAAUCACAAAGAUGUUGGACCGAGGACUGGACCCAAACUAUCAUGACCUAGAAAGUGGAGAAACACCCCUAACUUUGGCAGUUCAGCUUGACAAUACAGUAGAAGUGAUAAAAGCUCUGAAAAAUGGAGGAGCCCAUUUGGACUUCAGAGCCAAAGAUGGAAUGACAGCUCUGCACAAAGCAGCCAGAGCUAAGAACCAAGUAACCCUCAAGACCCUUUUAGAGCUUGGAGCAUCUCCUAACUACAAAGACAGCUGUGGCCUGACACCACUGUACCACACUGCUAUAGUGGGAGGGGAUCCUUACUGCUGUGAACUGUUACUUCAUGAACAUGCUACAGUCAGUUGCAAAGAUGAAAAUGGAUGGCAAGAAAUUCAUCAGGCGUGCCGAUACGGACACGUCCAACAUCUGGAGCACCUCCUCUUCUACGGCGCCGAUAUGUGUGCGCAGAAUGCCUCGGGCAACACAGCGCUGCACAUCUGUGCCCUGUACAACCAGGAGAGCUGUGCAAGAGUGCUGCUGUUCCGGGGAGCCAACAAGGAGAUUAAGAAUUACAACAGCCAGUCUCCAUUUCAGGUGGCUAUAAUAGCGGGAAAUUUUGAGCUUGCUGAAUAUAUCAAGAAUCACAGGGAAGCUGAUAUUGGUUCCUGCUUCCCAUAUCCAAGUAGAAGUCCCUGGAAUCUGUUGCUGUCAGUGCCCUUUAGAGAGGCUCCGACCUAUUCAAACAGAAGGCGGAGACCCCCAAGCACCUUAGCAGCACCUCGGAUCUUGCUUCGUUCCAACAGCGACAACAAUCUGAACAUCAACAACCUCCCUGAGUGGUCAGCCUCCUCCUCUGCUUCUUCACACCGCAGCCUUUCACCUCAUCUACUUCAACAGAUGCAGAAUAAUCCUAAUGGAACUGUAAAAACUGUGGGGAGUUACACUCCAUCCUCCCGGAGCCGGUCGCCAUCCCUGAACAGGCUGGGGGAGGAUGCCAAACGGCAGCAGCACAGGCACAUCAGUGCCGUUUACAAUCCUAGUGCCAACAAGGAUACUCUGUCUGCCUUGGAUUAUCAGGGUCCAAAACGCAAGCUUUACAGUGCUGUACCUGGAAGACUUUUUAUUGUCGUAAAGCCAUAUCAACCUCAAGGAGAAGGGGAAAUUCAUCUGCACAAAGGAGAUAGAGUCAAAGUUUUAAGCAUUGGCGAAGGUGGAUUCUGGGAAGGCAGCACCCGGGGACAUAUUGGAUGGUUUCCGGCAGAAUGCGUUGAAGAAGUUCAGUGUAAACCAAAUGAAAGCAAACCAGAAACACGAACAGAUAGAACAAAGAAACUGUUUAGACACUACACAGUUGGAUCCUAUGACAGCUUUGAUGCUUCAAGUGACUGCAUAAUAGAAGAAAAGGCAGUGGUCCUGCAGAAAAAAGACAAUGAAGGAUUUGGAUUUGUGCUCAGAGGGGCAAAAGCUGACACACCAAUUGAAGAAUUCACCCCAACUCCAGCCUUUCCUGCUUUGCAGUACUUGGAAUCUGUGGAUGAAGGGGGAGUAGCAUGGCAAGCUGGCCUGAGAACUGGAGACUUUUUGAUCGAGGUUAAUAAUGAGAAUGUAGUGAAAGUUGGCCACAGGCAGGUGGUGAACAUGAUUCGACAAGGGGGCAAUCACCUAGUUCUUAAGGUUGUCACAGUAACCAGGAAUCUUGAUCCAGAUGACACAGCUAGAAAGAAAGCCCCACCACCUCCUAAGCGAGCUCCAACCACUGCACUGACCUUGCGGUCUAAGUCAAUGACCUCAGAGCUUGAAGAGCUUGUGGAUAAAGCUUCAGUACGGAAGAAGAAGGAUAUUCUCCCUUCACAUUUUGAAGGUUUGAAGAAGAGGAUUGUUUUUCGAGUCACACUAAAUAAGGUGGAUGAAAUAGUACCAGUUUCCAAGCCAUCAAGAAUUGCAGACAAUGCAACUGUGGACUCAAGAGUGGCAACUAUUAAACAGCGGCCUUCUAGUAGAUGUUUUCCCUCAGCAACAGAUAUGAAUUCCAUGUAUGAGAGACAGGGUAUUGCUGUGAUGACGCCCACUGUACCAGGGAGUCCUCAAGGUCCUUUUCUGGGUAUACCUCGGGGUACAAUGAGAAGACAAAAAUCUAUAGGCAUAACAGAGGAAGAACGGCAGUUUUUGGCUCCUCCUAUGCUGAAGUUUACCAGAAGUCUUUCAAUGCCUGACACCUCUGAAGAUAUCCCGCCACCACCACAGUCCUUACCUCCUUCACCACCACCACCUUCUCCCUCUCUGUACAACUCUCCCAAAUCCCCAACAUCCAGGAGCUACGGAACUAUUAAACCUCCGUUUAAUCAGAAUUCAGGUUCAAAAAUUUCUUUGGUUAGGCCCGAGAAUGUGGGAACAAUGAUAAGGGACAAAGGGAUCUAUUACAGACGAGAACUGGACCGAUACUCUCUGGACUCGGAAGACCUGUAUAGUCGGAGUGCCGCCUCUCAGGCAAAUUUCAGGAACAAGAGGGGUCAGAUGCCAGAAAACCCAUAUUCUGAGGUUGGGAAGAUUGCGAGCAAAGCGGUUUACGUGCCGGCCAAACCAGCAAGGCGGAAGGGGAUGCUGGUGAAACAGUCCAAUGUUGAAGACAGUCCAGAAAAGACCUGCUCUAUUCCAAUCCCGACAAUUAUUGUGAAAGAGCCAUCCACCAGCAGCAGUGGGAAAAGCAGCCAAGGGAGCAGCAUGGAGAUCGAUCCUCAGUCUUCAGAGCAACCCGGGCAACUCCGACCCGACGACAGCUUAGGCGUCAGCAGUCCGUUUGCAGCAGCCAUUGCUGGAGCAGUGAGGGACAGGGAAAAGAGGCUGGAAGCCAGGCGUAAUUCUCCAGCCUUCCUUUCCACAGACCUAGGAGAUGAAGAUGUUGGACUAACACCGCCAACACCACGUAUGAGGCAAUCUAAAUUUACCGAUGAAGCAAUGUUUAGUAGCGAAGAUGGUUUCAGACAGCUUAUGUCACCAUCUCCGAUUCCCGCACCUAGAGAGCCAGAAAAUCUUUUUAAUAGCAGUGAACCCACAAAUCAAAGUGACUCAAGGACAUUAAACGCUUCGUCCAAAACGAAAGGUACUGAAAACAGUACAGUGGCAGCUAAGUCCACGAAUGCAUCCAGCUCGGAUAAUUACGUUCACCCGGUCACAGGAAAGCUAUUAGAUCCAAACUCACCACUAGCCCUCGCUCUCUCUGCCAGGGACAGAGCCAUGAAAGAACAAACACAGCAGAUUCCGGGCAAAGGAGAUGCUGUUAAAGCUGACCUUAAUAAACCACUUUACAUAGAUACAAAGCUGAGACCGAACAUCGAAACGACUUUUCCUGUUACUGCUACUGUCAGUAGGCAAAAUACUCGAGGCCCAUUGAGACGGCAGGAGACUGAGAACAAGUAUGAAACAGAUGCGGGGAAAGAAAAGAAAGCUGAGGAGAAGAAAAACAUGUUGAUAAACAUUGUGGAUACUUCGCAGCAGAAGUCAGCUGGCUUGUUAAUGGUUCAUACCGUGGACACAGCAAAGUCGGAUGAUACACCCGAAGACGAAGAGGAAAAGGGAGCUGAAAUGGAACCGACCCCCGAAAACUCACCGCCAGAGAGGCCAGAGGAGAGCGAGGAAGCAGAGAGUGAGCUGAACGUGCCUGCUGUGCCUGAGCCACCGGCAUCUCCCUGCAAAACGAUCGUAGCAGCGAGCUCUGUCGACGACCCUGUCAUCUUGCCGUUCCGCAUCCCUCCGCCACCCUUAGCAUCAGUUGAUAUCGAUGAAGAGUUUAUUUUUACUGAGCCACUACCACCCCCCUUAGAGUUCGCCAACAGCUUUGAUAUCCCCGAUGACCGCGCAGCUCCCGGUUCGGCUCUAACAGACUUGAUUAAGCAAAGAAAAAAUGGCACGCCUUCACCCGCGCCAUUUGCCCCCAGCCAGCCAACAAAUUCCUUAGACAGUAAAAAGCAAGUGGGUCUUUCAAACUGUUUGCCUGCCUCCUUUCUGCCACCCCCUGACAGCUUUGAUAACGUCACUGACUCUGGGAUUGAGGAGGUAGACAGUCGAAGUAGUAGUGACCAUCACUUAGAGACAACCAGCACUAUCUCAACGGUGUCCAGCAUCUCUACCUUGUCCUCGGAAGGGGGUGAGAACGUGGAUACUUGUACAGUCUAUGCAGAUGGGCAAACAUUUCUGGUGGACAAACCCCCAGUACCUCCUAAGCCAAAAAUGAAGCCCAUAAUCAACAAAAGCAAUGCACUUUACAAGGACGCGCUAAUUGAAGAAACUGUAGACAGCUUUGUUAUUCCUCCUCCCGCUCCGCCCCCACCUCCGAUCAGUGCACAGCCCAAUAUGGCUAAAGUUGUUCCCCAAAGGACAUCUAAACUAUGGGGUGACGUGACGGAGGUGAAAAGCCCAAUUCUCUCAGGCCCAAAGGCUAACGUUAUUAGUGAAUUGAACUCAAUACUCCAGCAAAUGAACAGAGAGAAAUCCUCAAAGCCAGGGGAAGGAUUGGAGUCACCUACUGGAACAAAAACUGCAAGUCUCAGUACAAGGAGCACGGAAGUCAUGAGUACUGUCUCAGGUACACGAAGUACAACAAUCACUUUUACUGUCCGACCUGGAACCAGCCAGCCGAUCACACUGCAGAGCAGGUCCCCAGACUAUGACAGUAGGACCUCAGGAGCAAGACAUGCUCCAAGCCCUGUGGUUUCACCAACAGAGAUUAAUAAAGACAUCAUGCCUGCUCCUCUGACUGCUUCUGCUUCAGCUUCAUCUCCUUCUCCAACUUUGUCCGAUGUAUUUAGCCUACCCAGCCAGCCCCCUUCUGGGGACUUAUUUGGCUUGACCACAGGGCGCAGCAGGUCUCCUUCUCCCUCAAUAUUACAACAGCCAAUCUCAAAUAAGCCUUUUACAACUAAGCCUGUCCACCUGUGGACUAAACCAGAUGUGGCAGAUUGGUUGGAAAGUCUAAACUUAGGUGAACAUAAAGAAACAUUUAUGGACAAUGAAAUAGAUGGCACUCAUUUACCAAAUCUACAAAAGGAAGAUCUGAUAGACCUUGGAGUGACUAGAGUUGGGCACAGAAUGAACAUAGAAAGAGCUUUGAAACAGCUGCUGGACAGAUAAGAAUAGCUAUUUUUGCCUCACAAACUUCUGUUGAUAACUAGAGAUGGGCUGGUACUGAAAUACCCCAAAUGCCUUGUCUGUCUGCGAGUGCCAGCAAAAUUGGGGGGGAGGGGGAAAACAGUUGAAUUCCUGGUACUCAGGUAAUGCAGACUGUAUGCUACAUGCCCAAACAUAAAUCUAAUUAUGUUACGUGAGUGGGGCCAUUUUAUUUCAAAGUCGUGGGGAGAUACGAGAGAGAGAGAGAGAAAAUUGUUAACUUCAAAACCACUAUCUCUUGAUAAUGCCCUUCUGCUGGAACCGUUACAUACCACUUUUCUUUCAAUUUAAAAUGGCAGGCAUUUCAUUUUUUUACUGAAAAGCACUACAUUCUCUCCUUGACAUUCAGUCUCCGAGCAGGCUUCCUUCCCCAACCCUUAGCUCCUUUUAAGAGGACAGAUUGCUUCAUUACCAUUCAAACCCAUUUUUAUUAGUAGCAAAGGCACAGUAUUAAAAGACAGGUGCAGAAGUUCAUAUUACUGGUUUUUAUUAGUUUAGCUCUCUGAUUUGUUGGCAGUGAAGCUGGUUGUUCUGCUGGAAUUAGUUCAAAGGUAACCUUGCUCUGUUUUACCUGGUAUUUCUUUAUUUCUGCAGUUACACUUAGCACUCUUCCAAGGUGGCAGAACAAGUUCAAUACAUGCUCCAUUGACUUGACCUGUAAGACGAUGCAGACGUUGCAUAAAAACUGAGGAGGAAUGCACACUUAGAGGUACAACAAAAUGAAGCUAGUUUGAACCUGAGACCCCCAGUUUUCAACCAGCUAAACUACUGCUAAGUCGCAAUAUGAACUCUACAAGCCAGUAAAAAUUUGGGGUUAUGUACAGACGCGUCUUUUGGACUUCACAGUCAGAUACUCAAAUACACUGAACCCUCAGAGGUGCUCUUUAAUUCAGUGAGUGGUAAGUGCUUAGCUAUUUUGAACAUCAGGCCAAGAAAGAAGAAAAAGAUAGAUGAAUGUUCCCAUUGAAGUCAGUGGGAAGGUUGCCAGUAUUUUAAGAGAGAGAGGGAUUUCAGCCUGUUAGCAGAAAUGGCAAUGUUUCAGCUUGUUAAAAAGGCGAAAAAGGUAAAAAGGCAAUGCCAAGACGGAAGGAGGUACGCAGUGUCUCGGAACGCGUGCGUUCCCAGGGCCGGGAGAAUUGGGUAGGUAUCCAGUUUCUCAUUUUUAUCGCUGUUAACAGGUCUUGGCUUCUGGACAAGGAGAGCAGACUGAGCACGUCAGGGGGAGCUGGACGCUGCCCGUCGGCCUCCAGCGAUUUCUUUGCCCGGCUGUUAGUGGGGUCGCAGGAGAGGUGCGUGCACCCUACGAGAAACCAGGCGGCUGUGGCCGAGCGGGGACGGGGCGCUGGGCUACCGGAGCUCGAGGGCUUCCCGGGAGACUUCAGUCAGCGGGGGAGAAACACAGAGAUUUGGUCAAGCUGACUUUUUUUUUUUUCUUUCUUUUUUUUUUUUUUUUUUUUAAAGUUAACAAGUCUCUCUCUGCAUGUUUGAACUCCCCUUGUAAUUAACACCUCUUAAUAUCUGUGAGUUUUGUAGGUCUUUAUUAACAUACUCUUCAAGAUGUUCGAGGUGGGUAAAUUGUGUGUGGAUGGCUAGACUGCCUACCUACCAUACUUUCAGGUUCUCUUACAUUUUGCAAGGUACCUGAACUUUCUUUCCUUGAUAUGGUCCUUGACAUGGUCCAGCCUAUCUCUAAUUUUUUUAUUGUGAUUAUUUUUGCUCACAAACAAGUGUCUAAUUAGGUCUGCAACAGCCCUAGUAUGAGUACAUAAAGUUUAGCAUUUUAAAUAUCUUUCUUUACUGCAAGUUUAAAUAGUUGUACAGAUAGUUUAUAAGCACAAUAUUUUAAGAAAAUAAGUGGCUGGUCUACUGGGCAGCCUUUGUGCCACUUCAGUGCUAGAAAGUUAAAAUACAAAAAAAAAAAAAAAAAAAACUUUUGUGGUUUACUACUAUUUCUGUGGAAUAAUUAUGAAGUCUUGACCUUUUUAAAAAUCAACCUCAUUUGGAUGCAUCUGAACCAGCAGAGCUGUGUUAUAUUUUCUAUCUUUGCUAGAACUUCUACAAAGGAGGAUGAAUACUUCUUCAAAAGUGGUUAUAGUUACCAACGCAUUGGAUACUCAUAAAAAACAACUUAUUUAGCCUCCUGCCCCCUUUACGGAACAACAAAUCUUUUGACUUAACAUCUGUUACUACGCUAUAUUUGUAUUUGAAAGUUCCAAGUAACCUUGUAAUAAAACUCAAAUACUAAGGCAUUUUACUUUCAAGAGUACUGAAUUUUUCCGUAGGCGUUGUAGAAAAUGGCAGUUUCAUUCAGCUAGUCGAUACAGGCAACUUGAGGCCAUCAAAUACUUUAAGAAGUGUAAAAAUGGUAAUUUAGCCAUCAUUGUCUUCCAUUUGGUGAUAUGACAGAAUUCAGUAAAUAAACCACUAAUGCCAUGCUCUUUUUUUUGUUUCUUUGGGUACAGCUGAUAUUACCUCUAUAACAUGUGCCAGAACAUACAUUAGAAAACACGGUAGUAAAAGAAAACGUAGAAGUUGACUUUUAAGCUGCUUUUUAAUCACAACCUUCCUGUUGAAUUUCCGUUGAACAAGUGCUGACAUACGCGGUAAAUUCCAGUUGACGGUAAUCCCUUUCUUACACAGGUGUGUUUCUUGCUCGUGUAUCUUUUCAGGUACUGAAAGACUAGGUACAAUACAAUUAGUAGAAAAGAGGUUUAACACGUUAAAGAGCUAAUGAAAUAGUUUAUUUUUUACAUUGUGUCUUACAAAGUAAAGGUAAGGAGACCUGAGAGGACCUACUUUCACCAAUAAAAUACACCUCUGCCAAGAUGAAUUGGUCUCUAGCUCUGUGAUGAUUUUGCUACAGAAAGCAAUAGUAACAGAUACGACGUUGCCUCCGAGUAUUUUCGUCAGUCUGGAAAUGUUGGGGGGAGGAGAGAAGACCCAUUUAUUUCAUGCUACUAUGAUAGUGAAAAACAAGUUGUUAGAGGUCUAUGAAAUACGUUAUGAUAUUCUGGGUUUUAGGAUCAACUUUUGUUUAUAUACUGUAAUUUAAAUAAAUUGCAUUUACAUGCCUAGUUUCUGUAAUAUUUGUGUAUACAAUACCAAAAUCUUACAAGAUGUAAAUUGUGUAUAACUGCACAGACUCCUUUCCCUAGGUGUCUGAGAACAUUUUAAGUUUAAUUCAUAUAUUAUAAAAUGACUAGAUGUGACUGUUGAUUUACAGAAUUUACAUAUCACAAAAGUUAAUUAUUUGUGGUACUUAAGUUAAUAAAAAUAGUGAUUUUUUUUCCUCAGUUCUUAAAAAGCAUUACCCAGUUGAUCUGGCGAUGAUUAUGUGUAUGAGCCACAAAUAUUGAUAAUUUUUCCAUUACAUUUUUUCUUUUCUUUUCUAGAUAUUAAUAUGUUUCUCGCUAUAGUUUGUGUAACAACUUGUGUUCACGUUAUCUAUGUUGCUGUAAUUUUUGUGCUUUAAUUCCUCUUAUUUCGACUGAUUAAAAAAUCAAGCUCCUGUAACUUGCACUUUUCCCCAAUCCUUAAUACUCUUGUAUGGCAACCAAAAUUACUGUAAGAAAUAAAUAUAAUAUUGCACUAA